GUGGGAGAAGUCAAGCAUUGCACGAGGAUUUUUUAAAACAUAGAUUUAAUGCAGAAAUUUUGCGAUACUCGAUAGGAUGAAUUAAAAUUCACCCUGCAUCUGGUUGUGAAGAUUUUGAGUAUUAGAAAUGAUGAAUGGUGAUGUCUAUGGACGCUUUGGGAGUGAUGACGAUGAUGAUGAUGAGCACGAUGGACCCGGGCGGCACAUUUCCCCACCUGAAGACCCUUGGCAUCUCAUUUAUAUAGCUCUUGUGCUGGCAGGAGUUGGCUUUCUCUUACCUUACAAUAGUUUUACAAUCGCAGUUGAUUACUUCAAACAACGCUAUCCAGAAUCCACAAUUGUUUUUGACAUUUCCAUUGUAUACAUCUUUGUUGCAUUUGGGGCUGUGCUCUUAAACAACCUGUUUGUGGAACUGGUACCCCUUAACAUCAGAAUUAUAUUUGGAUAUAUUGUGUCAUUACUUAUGUUGAUCUUCGUCAGCUUCUUUGAAAUUUGGUGGCCUGACACUUUCCCAGAACACGUCUCCUACAAAAUCACCCUCUUCUCUGUCUCAGUUGUGGCAUUUGGUUGUACAGUUCAGCAGUCAAGUUUUUAUGGAUACACCAGCAUGCUUCCAAAGCGAUACACUCAGGCCGUUAUGACAGGAGAGAGCACAGCUGGACUAAUCAUCUCGGGGAACCGUAUUUUGACAAAAUUGCUCUUGGACGAUCAGCGAACAAAUACGCUGAUCUUCUUUGUUGUCUCCAUCGCUUUUGUCUUCCUCUGCCUCAUUACUCAUAUUGCUGUUCAGAAGACAACAUUUAUACAGUUUUAUCUAAACUUAUGCCGUACAAGUGAAGACAGAGAUGACCUCAAGAGAAUUACUUUAGAGCCAUCAGAAGAUGCUACUCUAGUCGACAUAGGAGGGGGCUUUCAUGGCGGUGGAAGUGCUAAUAGUUCAUAUGGAGGGACAGUGACAACCUCUGACUCAACAGCCACUUUCCACUCUGCUGCCACCUUGCCUGUUUGUGCCUCUGUAGAUCCAAUUGAUUCUACAGCUCCAAGCUACAGAGUGGAACACAUCAUCAUGGGGAGAGUAAGAGGAGGUUAUACAUCUACAUAUACAAGAUCAAUUAGGCUUUGGUCUGCUAUUAAGAGAGGAGUUAUUGCUCGUUGGCAAGUUGGCCGGAAUGUUUGGCAAUACAUGGUCUCAAUUGCAUUAGCUUACUUCGUCACCUUAUGCCUUUACCCAGGGAUUGAGACCGAAGUGUUAUCAUGCAGACUUCAGUCUUGGAUGCCUGUAGUCAUGAUGGCAGUCUUUAAUCUAUUUGACUUCAUUGGCAAGGUUUUAUCUUCAUUGCCCUACGACUGGACACGCCGUCAGUUGGUCGGUGGAUCACUGGUGCGAAUUUUACUGGUUCCAAUCAUGAUGAUGUGUGCUGCACCUCGCAUUUCUCCCAUUAUACCUGGUGAGGCCACACCCUUGAUGGUGUCUGCCAUGCUGGGGAUUUCAAAUGGUGUUCUUGGUUCAGUUCCCAUGAUCUUAGCACCUACUAAGGUUCAAGAUGACCAUCGGGAACUUACUGGGAACAUAAUGACACUCUCAUAUUAUGUUGGGUUGACCCUUGGUGCCAGUGUUGCCUAUGGUCUUGAUGAUAUAUUAGGUGAACCCCUACCAAAUCCCUGUGGAGACAAGGUAGCCACAACAUUGUCAUAUGAAACAACUACGCACCACUUUUUGCCACAGUUACCCUCAAAUUACUCAAGGUUAUUUUAUUAGAUGGUGAAUGUUGAUUUAUGUUCUUGUAAUUGUGGUAACUAUUAUUCUGUAAUAAAGUGCAUGUAUAGAUAUAUAUUGAGUUUAUUUAUAUAUAUAUAUGUAAUUAGAAAGAAAGUGUAAUAGUAAUUUGACAUUAAGAAAACAGUAGAUUUGAGGUGAUCUUUAUAUACAGAGUACAUAUCAAAAGAUAUUUUAUUGAAGUAUGGAACGUCAGGAAAUGGUAUCUAAGAAGUGCAAUCUCAGUCACAGUUGUCAGAACUGGCCUUGUUGCAAAAGGUGCCCGUCAGAAUGCCUUUCAAAUGUGUGAUACCAGGGUAAUACUCUAUGAUUAUUGUAUAAUAAGUAUUUUAUAUAGAGUGCACUUGUAUUCCCAAACUGGUGACAAAUUUCAUAAAGAAGGUAAAGAGAUAUUUUAGUUUUCUUUCCAGUUUGAUAGGAAACAGAGCAAACAAUAAUUAUGAAACAGUUGUUACGUGUUAGCAAUUGUUGUGCUGGAUUUUUGCAGAUCAUGUUUUAUGAAUAUUAAAAGAUAGAAUUUCAUCAAAACUUAUUAGGGAUUAAUGAAUUUGUAUUUUGAUAAUAUGUAGUCGAGUGUUUAAGAAAAGCAAUGUAGUUUUUUUGAGUUCAACAUUUUUGUAAAGAGCUAUGUAUUCCUGUACAUUAUAACAUUCAUAGAUCAGUAUUAGUAGAAACCAAAUAUUUUGUCACAGUCCUAUUUCUCAAACCCAUGUCUGGAAUAAGUUAUCUGGUAUUUGUUAUUACUGUAGGAAGUUGGUAUUUGUUUACUGAUAUUAUUUAUAUAUUUAUUUGUAGUAUUUAGAUAAUAAGAGAGAUCACAUCUUAAUGCUAUUUCUGGUGACUGAAUCUUAAGGUUAUUAUUGCUUCAUUUGUUCAUUAUAAGAAUUGGCUUGGAUAAAUGCCUCAGGACAUAUAGAUCCACCAGUGUAAUAUCUGUAGCCAUAAAAUGCAAAUGUCAAGUCUUCAAUUUUGUAAAUUUGAAUGAAAUACAUAGUCAUGAGUA